UCUGAAAACCCUGAACCCUCCUCCUCUUCCUUUUCGCUCUCCCUUCCGUCGAACCAACCUCCAUACUGUGGCAGUGAUAUUUUUGUAACUCUCUGAAAAAAUAAUUAAUAAAUUGAAUUCAAUUAGGUUUAAAAAUGGGUUUAUCUUCGAAGAAAUCUAAAAUAAUGCAAAAAAGUGACAGUGAUUCGGAUGAUUACUUCGAUGAUGAUGACGAUAUGUCCUACAAAGAGGUCAAUGAUGAUAGCGAGGAGGAAGUGAAGGAAGAUGAAGAAGAAGAAGAGGAUGAGGGAAGAGAUGAAGAAGAAGAAGAAGAAGAAGAAGAUAGGACUGAAGAGCAAAAUGGAUGGCAAAAUGAUGAGAUGGAACAGCUUGAGAAAGAGUAUAGGGAUCUUCAUCACCAGGAGAUAAACACUUUGAAGAACUUGAAGCAUCAUAAGGAUGAAGAUCUCCUAAAAGGACAAGCUGUGAAAAGCCAGAAGGCCCUCUGGUACAAAAUUCUUGAGCUCAGAUUCCUACUUCAGAAACCGUUCUCAAGUUCAAAUAGGCUGCCCCAGGAAUCAAUAAAAGCUUCAUUCUGUGAAUCAGAUGAGACAGUUAGAGCUGCAUAUGCAGAUUUGAUUACUUCUUCCAAGGAGACCUUAGAUUCUAUAUUGGAACUUCAAGAGGCUCUGAUUGCAAAGAAUCCAUCAGUUACCCAAGCCAUCAAUGGUUCAGAAAGGUCAUCGAAAGCUUCAGAAGUUUCUAAUCAUUUGGAUGACAGUCUUGAUCAAGAGUGGUCACAGAUUUCCCAGAUGCACAACAGCAUAGCAUCUUUCAGAGACAAGUCAAUCAACAAAUGGCAGAGGAUGACACAAGUGACAACUGGUGCUGCUGCAAUUAAAGGCAAAUUGCAUGCUUUUAAUCAGGAUAUCAGCAAUCAAGUUGCAGCUUAUAUGAGAGAUCCCAGUAGAAUGAUCAAGCAGAUGCAACUGAGAAGAUCAACUGUUAAUAUACUUGGAUCAGUUGCAGAGGUCAAUGAUAGCUCUAAUGAAGCGGUAACACAUAUUGACGGCGAUCCUGAACUGCUGGACGAUUCUGAAUUUUAUCAGCAGUUAUUGAAAGAAUUUUUCGAGACAGUUGAUCCUUCAUCAUCUGGUCUAACCACGUUGGAAAUAGGUCCUACAUAAAAUAGUGGGAUCCACAUAAAUUUCACCCAAUAAGAGUAUUUAAAAGAGUGUUAGAAUGAGUGUUGCUAUAACUUGUUUUUUUUUAUAAUUUUAUUCUAAUAAUGUUUUUACUUCUAAUAUCAUUGGACUAGUUUGGGCUUUUAUUUUUCAUGAUCAUUAAGUGAAUAGAUGUGCUAUACAGCUAUACUGAUACCGAUACAUAUAAAUAAUAAAAGUUAUAUAGAUGUAUCAUAAAUUUAUAUAGAUCUAUACUGAUACUGAUGCUAUCAUUAUUUUU